AAUUUAUUUCCUGCAGCUCGUAAGCUUUAUCACACUUAAGGCUUCUAUUUUAUGCUCUUAAUGUAGAUAUUUGAAUGUGGGCGCAUUUUAUAGCUGCACAGCAUAACAAUCGGAGAAAUCAAGCGGCUCUAAAAUGGUACAGUCUGCGCACGGCUUCAAGUUUACCCAGUUAUUUGCUCUUCUGCUCCGAGUAGAGUAACGACCUACCGGGAGCGCGCGGUGAUGGUGUUAAGGAAGCGAUCAAGAUCCGCGUUUUCUUUCUUCUGCUGACACUACAGAGAGUGUGUUCAUUGUAAGUAGGGCUGUCAGAGACACGCUCAUUCAGUCACCCACCGGUAUUACUAACAGGACUGACUGGGAUUCACUGCGCUCUGCUGGCUCCGCGUUAACGCUAUGGGCUCAGUGUGAGUGAAGAGACAAAGACUUUGGGAUAUACAUACAUGCAUACAUAUAUGUUUGGCAUUUGGCUUUUUGUCAGUUUCUCAAAUGCAAACGGAAAUAUGUGGCAAAGCUUCGUCUUACUCUUAACCGGUUUGCUUGGGUUGUGUUCAUGUUCAAGUUUCCCAAGUAACAUCAACAUAGGAGGUUUGUUUCCAACCGACUCCCAUGAAUACGACGUGUUCCGUUUCGCGCUCUCUCAACACAACGAUGUUCCUAAACUGGUACCACAAGUGGACAUGGUGGACACGGGGAGCAGCUUUGCCAUGACAUACGCCUUUUGUUCCCAGUUCUCCAAAGGAGUUUAUGCCAUCAUCGGCCUGUAUGACAGGAAGACCAUGAACAUGCUGAUGUCGUUCUGUGGCGCUCUGCACGUGUGCUUCGACACGCCCAGCUUCCCCAUCGAUACCAACAACCAGUUUGUGAUCCAGCUGAGACCUGAGCUCCAGGAUGCUCUGAUCGGCCUUGUCGAGCACUACAAGUGGACCAAGUUCGUCUACAUGUACAGCUCAGACUCAGGUCUGACAGUGCUGCAAAAGAUCUUGGACACUGCUGCUGAGAAGACCUGGCAGGUGACAUCCAUAAACUUUGACACCCUGACAGAAGCAGCGUUCUUGAAAGCCAUCCAAGAUCUGGAUAAUAAAAAGGAGUACAGGAUCAUUUUGGACUGUGAGCUAGAGAGACUCAACUCCAUCUUAAACUUGAUUGCGGCACAAAAAAAGAACUUGAAGAACUACCAUUACAUACUAGCAAACCUGGGAUUUCUGGAUCUUAAUCUCACAGAAUUCAGGAAGGGAGGUGCCAAUGUGACAGGCUUCCAGCUCAUGAACUACACAAACCCUGCUGUCAGCAGGACAAUACAAGACUGGCUGGAGUUUGACAGUAAAGACUUGAAAAGUCCCAAAAGGAGGCUUAAGUACACUGGAGCCCUCACAUACGACGGAGUGACAGUCAUGGCCACUGCGUUCCAGAACCUGAGGAAGCAGCGCAUUGAUAUCUCUCGCAGGGGGAAUGCAGGAGAGUGUCUGGCAAACCCUCCCGCACCUUGGGGCCAGGGCAUCGACAUUCAGAGAGCACUACAGCAGGUGCAGUUUGAAGGGCUUACAGGACAUGUUCAGUUUAAUGAAAAAGGACAUCGAACCAACUUCACCGUCAGUGUAAUGGAAUUUGGCCCAAGCGGACCCAAGAAAGUGGGCUACUGGAACCAACAUGAGAAAUACGUGAGCACUGCUACUUACAGCAACAUGCUCAACGAGACGUUUGGACUGCAAAACAGGACCUACGUAGUCACCACCAUCUUGGAGUCUCCAUAUGUGAUGCUGAAGAAGAACCACGAGCAGCUCGUGGGUAAUGACAAAUAUGAAGGUUAUUGUGUGGAGCUGGCUGCAGAGAUCGCCAAGCACGUGGGCUAUUCCUACAGACUAGAAAUAGUGGGGGACGGAAAGUACGGAGCCAGAGACUCAGAGACAAUGAUGUGGAAUGGGAUGGUUGGAGAACUAGUGUAUGGCAAAGCAGACGUAGCUGUCGCCCCCCUCACCAUAACUUUGGUCCGAGAGGAGGUCAUCGAUUUCUCCAAGCCCUUCAUGAGCUUAGGUAUUUCCAUCAUGAUCAAGAAGCCCACCAAGUCCAAACCAGGAGUCUUCUCCUUCUUGGACCCACUUGCAUACGAGAUCUGGAUGUGCAUUGUGUUUGCCUACAUUGGCGUGAGUGUGGUGCUGUUCCUGGUGAGUCGCUUUAGUCCGUACGAGUGGCACGCAGAUGACGAAGAGGAUGGAAUGGAGCAGCAGAACCAGAACCAGAACCAACCACCAUCACCAGAGCCCAACCAGUCACCAAACCAGCACGGUCAGAGUCAAAAUCAGCGAGAAGAGAAGCAGGAGAAGCAACCAGAACACACCAAUGAGUUUGGGAUCUUCAAUAGCCUUUGGUUUUCCCUGGGAGCCUUUAUGCAGCAAGGAUGCGAUAUCUCACCAAGAUCUCUCUCUGGUCGUAUAGUUGGAGGUGUGUGGUGGUUCUUCACUCUGAUUAUCAUCUCCUCCUACACAGCCAACCUGGCUGCCUUCCUCACUGUGGAAAGGAUGGUGUCACCCAUCGAGAGUGCUGAGGAUCUGGCUAAACAAACAGAGAUUGCCUAUGGGACUCUCGAUGGAGGAUCCACCAAAGAGUUCUUCAGGAGAUCGAAGAUCGCAGUGUUUGAGAAGAUGUGGUCCUACAUGAAGUCUGCAGAGCCUUCUGUAUUUGUGAAGACGACAGACGAAGGUGUGGUGCGGGUGAGGAAGUCCAAAGGGAAGUAUGCUUAUCUGCUGGAGUCCACAAUGAACGAGUACAUUGAGCAGCGCAAACCAUGUGACACCAUGAAGGUGGGAGGAAACCUGGACUCAAAGGGCUAUGGGGUAGCUACACCCAAAGGAUCAGCCCUGAGAAUCCCCGUAAACCUAGCGGUGUUGAAACUCAAUGAGCAAGCCGUCUUAGACAAACUGAAAAACAAAUGGUGGUACGAUAAGGGGGAGUGUGGAAGCAAGGACUCCGCCAGAAAGGAUAAGACCAGCGCUCUGAGCCUCAGUAAUGUGGCUGGAGUUUUCUACAUUCUGAUUGGUGGGCUUGGGCUGGCCAUGCUGGUGGCCCUGGUUGAGUUCUGUUAUAAGUCAAGAAUCGAGUCUCGAAGGAUGAAGCAAAUCAUUGAUGCGGCCAUGCUCAGCUCCACACUGACUAGGAUGGGCAGCGGAGGUGAGAACGGACGUGUGAUGGCCCACGACUUCCCCAAAGCGGCACAGACUCUGCCAUGUAUGGGCCAGGCAGCUGCCAUGGGCCUCAGCACCACUGGGAUGUAAACAGCCAUCAGCUUCUUGGAGAUCAGGGGACAUCAGGAGACCGAUGGAAAGAGUGGGAGAGGACAUGAGAGACACUGCAGCGUACCGCUCACCUGCCACUGAAGUACUGCCAAAUGGAUUCAUGGAAGCACUCUGGGCUCCAAAUCAAAUUAGAUGAGGGAGGAAAAUCACUUUUCUAAUAUUAAGAUGUGUUUUUUUGUUUUUUGGAACUUCUCCGGUGCAAUAAGGAGACCAUGCGUGAGGUGUUUUUGUAUGAAGCAUCGUUUUUGACAAAACUGGGAGGAUUCCCUCAAUCUCAUAAAAUACUGACAAUUGAACUACAGUGUUUCCCCCAAAAUAUUGUUGCGUUAACACCAGUUCCAUGAAUAUCAAAAACAUUUCCUGUUUUUAUCAUUUUAUUCUUUUCAUCAGCCUUUUGAUGCAUCUUUGACACACAUCUCUGUUUGAAGAAAAUAUUUGCCCAAAAUAUUCUUUAACCAUAGUUAUAUCAUUAUUUAUUAAAUAGUUAAAGGUACAGUUUACCCAGAAAAAAAAAAAUUGUUGUAUAACAUGGAAACAAAUUCUGACAAAUUUAGUUUUGCAUCACUUGCUCACCAAUGGAUCCUCUGCAGUGAAUGGGUGCCGUCAGAAUGAGAGUCCAAACAGCUGAUAAAUACAUUUAAUGCCUUGUGAAGGAACACGCUCUGUGUUGAUAAGAAGUUUCCAUUCACUGCAGAGGAUCCAUUGAUGGGCAGGUGAUGUGACGCUAAAUUCCUUCAAUUCUGGUGCGAUGAAGAAGCACACUCAUCUACAUGUUGGAUAACCUGCGAGUGUGUUUAAGUUUUAGCAAAUUUGCCUUUUUGUUUGAACUGUUCCUUUAAGGGAAGUGUGUGAUUUCUGAGUCAGAUUGGCAUCGAUUCUGUCCGCCACUGGUUGAACAAAUUGUUUUAGGAUGUGCACUAUAAAGUGCUUACUAUACAGACAUCAAGUGUUAAUCUGGAAAAGGAGAAAGUAUUUUAAAGGGAUAGUUUGCCCAAAAUUCUGAGAAUUCUGUAAUCAUUUUCUCACCCACAUGCACAUGCUUUUCCAAAUCUGAAUGUAAAAAAAUAUUUUAAAAAAUGUCAUCUGACCUCUCCCCAUCUUUUAAUUUCUCUUACCCUCUUUUUAUGGACACAACAAUUGAAAUGUCUUUGUCACACAAAAGAACGCAUGGCAUAAAGGUUUCGAAUGACGCGAGGGUGAGCAAAUAAUGACAGAAUUGAAAUUUUGGGAUCGCCUAUCCUUUUAACAUUAAAAAAAGUUACAUACUUCACCUUUAAGAAACAAUUCUGUAUGAAAUUAAAUGUCUGUUUGAUGUCAUCCCACGAAAAGCUAAGAAGUGUGCAACAUCAGUGUGUCAGCUUCAUUGCACAGUCUACAAAUGUCUUCCUUUCCAACCGGUUUGAUUGGCAAGCCUCUCUAGGGAAGGUGAGUUCUUCCAUAGGUUUGGAGAGGCUGAUUACCAGUCCUGUCAUUGUUACUGCUGUAGCUCACAGUCUCACCCUUCACUUACCAACACUUUGGAUCAAUCACCGCUUUUCCCGUCCAUGCUGCUCGAUAGAGUCUGAGAGUUAAAGACGUCAGAGUGAGAGAAAAGGGGGUAUAGGCUACGCAGAUCCAUGUUUUGUUACUGUUUUGCCACUUCCAUUCAGUCUUCCUUUCUUGGUUUACAUGACAUUUUUUUUCUGUUGAAGUAGCUGAUAUGUAUAGUGCAUCGUACCCACACUCAGCCGCUAAUGAGGUCAGUAUCAAUAAAUUCAAGGGCAGCAUGAGCACCCAGGAGAUCGACGGCUUAGAAGCCCUAAAACUUAUGUUUGUAAUAUUGUCAUUGUAAUAACAGUCGAAAUAUUGUCGUGUAAACACCAAUUCCAUGAAAAGUAUUUUAUGGAAAUCUGCCUAAUAGCUGACACACGGACAACAACAUAAAUUGCUCAUGCUGUGAGAUUAAUAGGGUGAUUUAAUAGCCUGACUCUAACAGUCCUUUUGAGAGGAAACAAAGCUUGGUGGCGAUGGCUUGUUUGCUUCAGUCGUUGCUUUAUGCUGUAAUAAAAUGAACCCACUUUUGGAUGCGUAGACAGGCAACAAAUGAUGUCAGUAACCGGUGAUGAUAUUCAAACCUAUUGAAUCUUAAACUGAGGCUUGCUUUUUGAAUUUCGAGGGGUCAACUCCUGGCCUUGUGCUUCACUAACCGGACUGAUUCAAGCACAGAACGGGAUGUGAGCUGGAAGAUCACAAUGGAAGACAUGAACUCUAAUGGACCGAUUAUCAGAAACUCUAAACGAGCACAGAGGUAAAACUGAAUGUCAAUACUCUAAGCACAAGAUCUUCAUUCAGCCAUUCAGGAGAACUUUCUCUCACCGGUGAGCUUUUCUCUAUUUGUACCCUUCCUCAAUACUUUGCCAUUGGACCAUCAAGCGGUUCUUACAUCGUCCGUCAUUUUUAUUGCCGAUUCCAUUUGUACAAAUAGAGAGAAUCAACCAUAGCGUGGAACAUUUGUGCUGACAAAACGGUGCUUUGUGGCCUUUGUUUUCCAUUCGAUGGGUUAUUCGUUCCGUUUAUUAUAUUUUGAAUUAUUUCUGGUCUUGUACUUAAAGUGAAUUCUGUAUUUAGAUGUUUCUUUGGUUGGUUUUGCACUUGUAGUUAUAAAUAGGGCUGUCGAUCGAUUAAACAUUUUAAUCGAAUGAAUCACGAUAUACCGAUUAAUUAGUCAAAUUAAUCACAUACUGUAUAUCCAUAUUUCCUGGGAAAAUCUAUUUAAAAUUAAUUUAUUAAUUAAUCAUUUAAAAUACAACUAUUAUUGUGGCAUGACAGCUUUAGACAUUACACGGUGUGAUUUAUAUAUCGUCAGUAAGUCAGUAUAUUGUUUUUUUUUUCAUAUGAUUCAACAAGCACUUGUCAAUCUGUCUGAGGAAGUUUUUUUGUUACUGUUUUUAGGCAUUGUGUUAAUUUUAUUAUUGCUUAUUUACUCAGUAAAACGUCUUAUUUCCUUGACAGCCCUAUAUACUUCAGCCCUAAAAUCUCCUCUUUUUCACAUUCACCUCACAAAAUACCUUUUAAAAACAGCAGCAAGAUGUAACAGCAAGAAAUCAACGUGUUGACAAGGAGCAUCAGAAAUAAACUUUUUCUUACUGAACGCUUUUUGUUUCCUAUCACAAUUUCUGCUUUUUGACAUACGCGUCUGUUCUCUUUGUUGCUUUCUGUUCUUAACUAGUUGACAAUUGCGUUUGUUUUAAGAAUGAAUGACGCCAGAUCUAGAGUCUCGUCAUCUACCUCUUCUGUUUCUUCUCAUCAGAUGAAUUCAUGUCCACGACUGAGCUGCACUGAUACAGAACAUCUUGUUUGAGCUCCGUUGGCUCUCGGAGUGCUGUAUUGAUCUCAAUAAAUGCCACAUUUGUUCUCUUCC